UUUGACUUAGACUUAAUUUCUUCAGCGUCUAAUAUAGCGUUGUUUAAAAUAUUGGUGAAAUACGAUUGAUUAGUGAAAGAAUUAUUUUGUUGUUCAUUGGUUGCAGAAUGUGGAUCACCAAAGCGAAAUUUAGGAACAGGUUUAAUAGUUUCUUGUUCUGGUUCUGUUGUAAGAAUGUCUUUGCAGAGAUCCAUAACAGAAUUAACAAUUUCAAGCAUUGCAGUAGCCCAAGGAGGAAUAUCGGUAGAAAAUUGUUCAGAGAAAUUAGAAAGUUUUUUAGAUAAUUGAUGCAGUUUUAAUUUUUUGUUGUUAGUACAAGAGGUAGUUAACGGUGUUGACAUAUCGAUUUUUU